AUGGACUCGAUCUGGACCCAAAAUGACGUUGCAAGCGUUUCGCAUUUUAUUAUCGCAUUAUACUUCACUUUCAGUUUCGUUGCUGCCAGAUUCUUCCUUGAUAAAUUCAUCUUUCGUAGGCUAGCUGUCUGUUUGCUGCGUUGUAGAACCAGUCUGCCAAAAAUUAAUGAGGCUACAAGAGCAAAGAUUGAGAAAAUUUCUGAGUCUAUGUGGAAGCUUACAUACUAUGCUUCUGUUGAGUUUUGCAUUUUAAGAGUUACUUACCACGAGCCAUGGUUCAGAGAUAUAAAGGAGUACUUCAGAGGCUGGCCUAAUCAAGAACUGAAGCCUCCUUUAAAGUUCAUUUAUAUGUGCCAAUGUGGUUUCUACAUCUACAGCAUUGCUGCCCUCCUUAUCUGGGAAACACGGCGAAAGGAUUUCUCUGUAAUGAUGUCUCAUCACGUAAUCACUGUUAUCCUUAUUGGGUACUCAUUUAUUACAAGGUUCUUUCGGAUAGGAGCAGUUGUUCUUGCGCUGCAUGAUGCGAGUGAUGUAUUUCUGGAAGCUGCUAAAGUUUUUAAAUAUUCCGAGAAAGAGCUUGGAGCUAGUUUGUGCUUUGGAUUAUUUGCUAUGUCAUGGUUUGUACUAAGGCUCGUGUUCUUUCCAUUUUGGGUUAUACGGUCCUCAAGCUACUACUUGUGUGAAUGCUUGAACCUGUUGGAGCCACAUGACAUGACAUUAUACUAUGUCUUCAACACAAUGUUGUUGACCUUGUUUGUUUUCCACAUUUACUGGUGGAUUCUCAUAUCCGCGAUGAUCUCAAGACAGCUCAAAAAUAGAGGAAAAGUUGGAGAAGAUAUAAGAUCAGAUUCAGAGGAUGACGAGUAA